GGGACUGGCCAAGAAGACCUCACCCCUGAUUACAUGAAUAUCUUGGGGUUUUUGGAAUGCGCUUCAUCAAUGUCUUAAGAAAUAACUAAACUGACAGCUUUAUGGUACCAGUGGCAUUUCUUAGGUGAAUUGAAUAAAAGGUCACCACCAGACCACGGGAAAUAUGACCGAAGUGGUAGAAAAGCAUGGUGAGCAGAUUUUAGAGCCAAAUCUUCAAGUUUCUUCUGUCCUUGAAGAAUUUCAGCCACCAGUUGGCGAUGCUACUUCUACUAAUAAUACUACAAAUGUGAUACCCACCAGCACUCAGUACGGUGUCGCCAUUAUUCCGAACGCAUCUACUGUAAAUGAUCUUGCAACAGAGACUGUCACGCCAUCUACCGAAACGUUAACUGAUACUACGUCAAAAGCGCCAGAUGACAAGGAACUUCAUUCCACGCCUAGUCGAAACGAUAGAUUUAAAGUAGUAAAAAUUGCUAGUUUAGAACCUUUUAAACGUGGUCGUUGGAAAUGUAUGGACUAUGUUGAUGAAGCACCCCCGGUAGGAGCUGCUAGAGUGCCUCAAUCAUCGGGUAAUAUACAAGUUUCGGCAGGUACAUUCAUGCAAACUCAAAGUUUGCCACAGCAACAGUUUCAGCAAAUGCUUUUACAAACUGGAUUCACUAACGGUACUCAAUUCUUUGCAAAUGUUCCGCCACAGAUGAUUCCACAAGGUCAAUACUUCUACCCGCAAGUAGCAAACGUGCAAAAUCCCGCGAUGCAACAAGUGCCAAAUAGCAUACCUGCUCAGUUCAUUACAAAUCAGCCAUAUUUCCCAGCAGGAGUUGUUCAAAAUGCACAAGCCUUUACAAUACCCCAAGGAUAUUCCAAUGUACAGUAUGUUCCUGCAAAUCUCAUUCAGAAUCAAAAUAGUGCAUUUGUACCUACUUCAUCACAACCAGUUCAAUUACCACCAAAUUUUCAACAAAGUCAGUCGUAUGCAGGCCAACCUAAUGUGUCACAAACGAAUGUUCAGACGUUAAUGAAUGGUCAUACCUUUACCCCCCAGAACGAGCAAGUUAGUGGGAGUUUAUCUACACAGACUGUUAAAAGUGUAAUAAUGAACUCAAAUAAUACUCAGCCGGCUGUAAGUCAAACACAAGUUCUACAACAAAACCAAAACGUCCAGAAUGUCCCAGUGCAAAGUAAUCAAAAUGUUAUUGUUGCUCAAGGACAAGCGUAUCAGCAACAGAGUGCAUUUCCACAGAACACUGCAACUCAACAACAAUCCGUUACUCCUGUUGUAGUUCCAGUCCAAGUCCAACCUGUGAUUUCCACGUCACAGGUUGCCCCUGUGCAAUCUCAAACGUUUGAUCAAAGUUUAGCUAGUAAUGUUUAUACAAACCCUCAAUUUGCUGUUAGUGUAAGUAGUUUGACUGUUCUUGAUAAUAGUAAUAGUGAAAAGGCCACAGAACUGACGGAAACGCAGAGUGGCGGUAACGCGAAUGUAAGUGAAAAUGUGGAUGAUCCCUCUAAAACUAAUCCUGUCGUUAAUGCAAUCGAUAAUAAAAUAGAACAAGCUAUGGAUCUUGUAAAAAGCCAUCUUAUGUAUACUGUUAGAGAGGAAGUGGAGGUAUUGAAAGAGAAAAUAGCUGAAUUAAUGGAGAGGAUUCAGCAAUUAGAAACUGAGAACAAUUUUCUUAGAUCUCAAAUACCCAAGUCACAGAAUGUACCAUCAACACCUGCUUCUACUGUCCAACAAUCCACUGUAGUCAUUAAUCCUAACUCUAAUUUUUCUAAUACUGCUCCAAUAGUUGCAUCAGAAACACCAACUGUAACUAAUACUAGCCAUAAUCCUAUCCCCAAUACACAAUCUCAUUCAAUAUCCACCAGUGAAACACUGAAUCCUCAGUAAUUUAUUCAGUUAUUGGUCUUUCAUACUCCCUAAGUGAUUUUAAUCCAGUCGCUAUGAAGGAAAUCAGGUCAAUACCUCUAAAUUUUUUAUAGCUAAAUCGAUUUUGCUAAAAAAUUGGAAUAAGGCUUAUCUUAACCCCCUCUUUAAAAGUUAUAUAAUGCUAUAUAAAGUUAUAUAAGGGGUUCAAUAAGGAGUGAAAAUCACCCAUUAUUGAAAAAAAAAUGAAUAUCAAAGCAUUUUAUGAAUUUAAAUAAUGUUAAAUAAUGCAAUUGAAACAUUUUUAAUUGUAAUAAUGGAUAUUAUGUACAUUCUCAACCAUUGAACAAUCUUAAAAACCACCCGUUUUAAUAAAAAUAAUUGUAAACAAUCGUUUAACAACUUCAAACGUAUUUGUAGUGCAUUUAUAUCAUCUACAAUGAAAUUAUCUGCUUCUAUAAAAUAAUUUUAGUUAAGGGGGUAGGCGCAAACUUUCGACUUCAAUGCUUUUUAAAUGCAUUAUUUUUUUUUAGAAUCCUGCAGAACUAUUUGAAAGUAUUUUGAAAAAAUGAAUGAAAGAUUAGAUACGCAAUUACCAAGGGCCGAACGCCCCUGAAAACUUCUACAAUGUUUAUUUUAAUAAGUUACAGGGGUGAAAAAAAAAGAUGACAUUUAGUGUGAUUUUAAAUUUUAAAUAUGUCAUUCAAAAGAAACUUUUUGUUUACUCUAAUAUUCUAAGGGACCUUCGCCCCUCUGUAAUAAUGUAAUCUUUCAUUCUGCGUUUAAAUUUUUCAAAAAUAUUAGUUUUUCCAGGACUCGAAGAAAAUGAACGCAUUUAAAAAACAUUGAAGUCGAAAUUUUGCGCAUACCCCCUUAAUUGCAACACUUCAACCGUUAAAAACUACUUCCUAUGUCAAAAUGUAUAAAAAAAUCUUUGGAACUACUUCAAAAGUUUUAAAUGUACACUUAUAUUCAAAAAUUCCUUUCUUGUCAACAAUGUAUUCUUUUAUUUGUUGCUUAUUUCAAUUUCAAAAUUUUAUUCAAAAGAAACUUUUUGUUUAUUCUAAGGGACUUUCGACCUUCGGUAAUAAUGUAAUCUUUCAUUCUGCGUUUAAAUUUUUCAAAAAUAUUUAUUAGUUUUCUCAGGAUUCGAAAAAAAUGAAUGCAUUUAAAAAGCAAAUAUGUCAAAUUGUAUAAAAAAAUCUUCGGAACUGCAUACUUCAAAAGUUUUAAAUGUACAUUUGUAUUCAAAAAUUCCUUUGUCAACAAAGUAUUUUUUGAUUUGUUGCUUAUUUUCAACCCUUAAAACAACCCCUUUUGUCAAAAAGUCAUAAAAAAUUGUUACUAUAAUGAUUUGAGAAAAAAAUUCAUUUUCUCUUCAGAAAAUUUUCAACCCUUAAAAACCAACCCUAUGCUCACGAAAGAAUAAAACCAUCCCUUUGAUAAAUGUGUAAACCAGAAAUUAAGUAUAUUUUGUUUUUUUAUUGAAAAAAAUUAUACAUGAAAAUACUGUACACAGUACUGUACACACUUACUACUAUACACAGAAGGUAUACAAAAUAUACUUAAAACAAUAAAAAUUAUUUAUAAAGAUCAAAUUAUUCAUUCUCUGAAUCGUCAUUAUUGUCUAUAAUAUGUAUGAUUAUAAUGUACAUAUUUGUAUGAGUGUUAAGUGUGUAUGUCACCGGUAUGUCUAAUAUACAGUCCCUGGCCAUGGCCAUAUUAUUAUGACCACCUAUGAAUUUUUACAAAAAUCAACUCUUCCACUAGGUACGUUUUGUUUAAAAUAUGAUUUUUAAAUUUAAUUUUGUUAUGCAAUGUUAAUGUUAUGCAUUAACUAUAAUAUAUUUAAUAAUAAACAGCAAUAAAAUAUUUAAAAAUAUUACAUAUUUAUAUUUUUUUAAUAUCUUAUUCAACUUCUGACCUUAAUCAGAUGGAAAAUAUUUGGAAGCUUUUAAAACAAAAAAUUUUUGAUGAAAAUGUCACUAACGAAAUUGUUUUGAUUAAAGAACUAAUAUAUUGAUGAAACCACAAUGACAAAUUGAAGCAAAAAAAUUUAACUGCAUUCAAAGUAUGCCAAGACGGGUACUAGCGGCCAUCAAAGUUAGAGGGGGCUCGGCAAAAUAUGGAAAAAAUAAAAAUAUGUGAUAUUUUUAAAUGUUUUAUUGGUGUUUAUUAUUAAAUAUACAUUGAAUAAUAAACAGCAAUAAACAAUUUAAAAAUAUCACAUAUUUGUAUUUUUUUAAUAUUUUGCUGAGCCCCUCUAACUUUGAUUGAGGUUGCUUCGGAUCACUUUUUCGCUGAAAAAAGUAGGGACUAACAUUCUUUUCAAUAUGUAUGUAUACACCGUUCUUAGGCGUCAACGCCCUUCGGUAGGGAUCUAUGGGGGAGUUUCACCGAGCCGCAAGCCCUUAUCUCUUGCCGUACUGCUCCCUCAUAGGUCGAUCAGAUGCCCGCAUAUUCCAGACUAAGCGCCAGAUUCAUAUUUAGAAUUUUAUACUGGCGCGUUAGCCUUUUUGUUUUUCCGAUGGCCUGGCUUGGGCUUGAACUCUCGUACCUCUCGUCGAAGAGAAGUGCGGGUCAGCCGCUAGUCGCACUGAGCUAUCCGAUCGACUUCUUCUUUUCAAUAUACGUCACUUAAUUUUUGAGCUAAAGACGUUAUUUUUAUUUCUGGAGAUAGAUAUUUUAAAAUGCUUUAAAUUACUUUAAACGAGUUAUCCUCGAAAAAUGCGUAGUUUUCCCGUCUUUUGACUUUGAAACUACAGUAUUUAGCAUUUGACGAAGAAGAGCUAACAUUUAAUAAUGUAUAGCUCGAUUACUAUUGGUCUUAAAAAAAACUACAAGAAACGGUUUUGUUUAUUGUUUCAAAAGGUACAUUUUUCUUAAGUAAAGUUGUUUUGAUAAAACGAAAACUUUUGGAGUUAUUAGCCGAAAACUUAUUAACAACAUUGAUUUUUUCGAUAUAAAACUAACACUUUCAAUAUUAAUAAAAUAUUAAUUUUAUCAAAAAAAUGUAUAGAACCUUUUUUGCUUAGAAUGAAUGGUUUUACUAUCUUUUGCUGUCAAAAUAUAACAAAAAAUUUCCACCCUUGAGAUGGGGUGACAACCACCCCCAUGGUAAAAGCGCCUUUCAGCAUCAUAUAGAUUUUGAUCCUUAGACUACCCAUUACUUGUUCUCAAAUUUUCAAGCAAAUCGAUCCAUUCUGUAAAAAUUGCGAGGUUUUGUCCUAUUUUAAGCUUCAUUACUUGGACUACUAGUGGAAUAGUUGAUUUUUGUAAAAAUUCAUAGGUGGUCAUAAUAAUAUGGCCAGGGACUGUACUUGAAUAAAGCACACUAUGGUGGUCCAAUAAGUACUUAGCCUUCAAAACAAAAACGGAAAAUUUUGGAAAAGGUGUGAUUUAUUUCUGAACUCCUUUUAGCUCGAUACACUUGACCCAGCGAUGCUCCACCUUCUUUAACCCGUCUAAAAAUACGAUUUCUCGAGGUCUGCAGGCCCUCGAGAUCUGAAGUAGGCCUCCGCUGCGGUGAUGAACUCCUCAUUCGACUUAAAUUUCUGCCCGGUGAGUGACUUUUCAAGUUUGCAAACAAAAAGGAGUCGUACAGAGUCAAAUCUGGAGAAUACGGUGGAUAGAACAGCAGUUCGUAGUCCAAUUCGAUCAAUUUGACUAUGGAUACGGCGGAGAUGUAAGCCGGAGCGUUGUCAUGGUGGAAGAAUACUUUUUCUUCUCCAAUUGGGGCCGUUUUUCUGAAAUUCGUCGUCUAAUCGGCAAAAUAAUGAGGCAUAGUAAAGCCCCAUGACCGUUUUACCCUUUUCUAGGAAGUGGAUAUAAGUCACAUCCUGUGAAUCCCAGAAAAUGGUGGGAAACACCUUUCCGACCGCUUGGUCAGUCCUUGCCCUCUUCGGAGCACGUUAGCGGGGUGACGUCCACUGUAUCGACUACUCCUUGCUCUAGUGUGAACCAGUGGAACCAUGUUUCGUCGACAUUGAUGAAACAACGUAGAAACGCAUUUGGAUUACACUUAACAUUCCGAUGACUAACCUUCUUUUGUUACACGGAUGACCAACGGGGGUAAAAAAUGACCCCAGGUUAAAAAUGACCUGGAAUGAAUGUUGCAUUUAAAUCUUCAUCUAACAAUACAUCCUCGUUUUCUGAUACUAUUUCAUCUUCUAUAUCAUCAUAAAAAUCGCUAGCAGUAACAAUUUCCUGUAACUCAGCCUCAGUAAGAUAUUUGCGGGCCAUAUCUUAUAUGUACAUGUUUAUAAGAAACUAUAAUAAUAUAUCCCAGGAAAUAAUAAUGAUGACUAACUGUAGUAGACAGGAAUGUCAUGAUUCGUACAUAACAGGCACCACAGUCUAAAAAUAGAUUUUGAUAACGCGCAGUGUAAAACUACUUGGAAUUCCACAUAAUAGACGGUAUUUUACUAAACAUCAAUUUCAGAAUAUAUUUUUUAUUCGUAAAAUAUAGGGAUUUUUUUUAUUUCAAAAUGUGAGGAUAUCUAGAAUGAUAUUAAAGUCAAAUAAAAAAAUAAUUAGUUAAAAAUUGAAAAUACUUUUGAAUUUAUUAAAGAAAAACAUACGCUGGGGUCCAAACUUACUCCCCUUGGUCAUCCGAAGGUUAAACAGCCUCAGACACUGCUCUAAAGUGGUCUCAUGGCUGCGCUUAUUGUUCGAAGUGAGAAAACGCGGCAGACAUCGCGCCGACAGCUUCAAUCGGCGGUCUGCUAAUACGAGAUCGUGGCUUUUUUCACGUUAUCGUCUUUGGUAGCCGUUUUCGGGGCACCUGGGAGUAACUUAUUAAAAACCGACGUGCGUCCACGUUGAAACUUGGUAAACCAAUUUUUGAUGGUCGCCAUCGAAAUAGAAGAGUCACCAUACACAUCAUUCAAGCGUUUUUUGAUCUAGCUGCGGGAUUUCCCUUCCAAAAUCAAGAGUCUAAUCAAGUACCGAUAUUGCUCUUUUUUCAUUUUGCUAAAAUCACCAGACACACGCGAUCAAAACCAAACUACGAGUCCGAUUCGGCUAAGAUUUUAGCAUAAGCCGUCUACAAGGAUGUAUUACACGAUAGUAGAUUUCUCGUGCGAUAGUUGCGCCAUUGGGCGGAGAGACUAAGUACAUACUUAUCGGACCACCUACAGAAAAUAAAUUGAUGCUCCAAAAUACAAUUUUUUUACCCGUUUUCCAAUAAAUACAAGUUUUUUUAGGUUAAUUUCGAAAUGACUUUUAACAUAUCUCACUUUGAAGAGUUUUUUAAACACUUUAAAAAAAUAUCCUAUGAGUUAUCGAAAAAAUAUCCAUUUUCCUAUAUUUGAUGUUGAAUACAUCGAGUAUAAUACCUCAAAAAUACAACGUCAUGUUUACACAGUUAUAAGUAUAGCUUGUUAUCGUAAUUAAAAAACAAAAAAAACCGAUCUCUUUGUUUUUAUAAGCUUUAUUUUUGUUCAAUACUCAAUUUUCAAUAAAAUGCUUUGUUUUUGAGGUUUCUUAAAAAAUCAUUAGAAAACAUUUUUUUUGCGAGUACAUAUACUUUUUCAAAUGCAAAUAACUCAAAAUGUAUUGAUCUAGCGGAGAAAAAUAUGUAUGACAUUUUCUGUUUAAAAUUUGGCAACCACCCCAAGUAACCCGGUCUAUAUAGACAUUUCAAAUAACAAAAAUUGCCGGAGAGCCAAAUGUUGGUGGAGAGCUAGGGUAUAUUAUAACAAAUAAAGUUUAAAAAGUCCCCAUCGAUCCCAUGUGUGCGUCAAAAGUUAUUCGGGGUCAAAGGUCAAAAUUUGAGAUUUUUUGGAUUUUUUUCGAAAACGGUAAGUUUUAUCAAAAAAAAACCUUAAACCAAAGUUGUAGAUCUUAAAAUUCUCUACAAAAAUAGUCCUUACUAUUUUUUUCCUAAGAGUUGCCAUUCCUGAGAUAUCGCGAUUCAAAGAGUCACAUUAUACAUGAUAUGCACACGUUUCCACACCACCUCUGUGAGGUAGUGUACUCGGCGCGUUUUUUUACCGUGGUUUCCCCUGUAGGCCUACUAAACUAACUGUUUUGACAAUUUUAGGAUAAUUUAAGGAAACAAUACCGGUCAAGUUCUAGAUAUUACCUUAUUAUUGAUAUUGAUUAUUGAUAUUGCUAUUGAUUAUUAGGUUAACUAUUGUUUUGAUUUCUUUAGAUAUUUUAAUCAGAUUCAUAUUCUUGACAGUCUACUUCAACAGUCAAGUCUUCUUCGAUUUCAUCUUCUUCCUCUUCCUCUUGCUGGAUGUUCAAAAAUUGUUCAAAUGUGACUGAGUCAUUGGUCUCUUCAUUAAAAUCACAGGAGUCUUCCUCUGUUGUACUAAACUGGACAUUUGAGCAAGACUGACCUUGGCAGUUGGUACACACUAGAGAACACAGCAACCCGACUUUUUUACAUCCACAUUUGGCACUACAACCUUUUUUGCAAUUGCAAAAAAUAGUGUUAAGGAGUUUUUCUGGAGCAGGUGGGAGUAAGGUUUUAAUCGGUUCCAGAGUAUUAUCUAUUAAUUUCCAACCCCAGUCUUCUGGAUUCAGUUCAUUGCCUAGCCAUGUUUGAACUUGAUAAUAUACUCGAUACAAAUGUUGAAAAGCAGAUGCUGAUGUUGGAGGAAGACAUGAUAGUUGUAAUUGUUUCUUGUUUCGCGUAUUUUUUACAAAACUUAAGUAUCGUUAUUUAUCAAGACAAAUAAUUUUUUUGGAGCUCCAUAAACCGCAAGAAGAAAGCGAAUUCCUUCCGUAAUUAUUGUUUGCGGUGUAGAAUCAAGUUCUGUAAAAAUUUACAGCAGUCAGUCAAAUCUUUUUUUUUCGAAUAAUUUAAGUACUGACGUUUUGCCCCUUCUGUAAUAAAGAUACUCUCGGAACCCGAUGAUGUUCUUGUAGUUUGACGACGUUGUUCUGCAGCUUUAAUAUUUUUUGUCGAGUCAUUGUAGCCGUCAAAUACCACUGUCACUGUAAGCCCGUAAUGUCUGCGUAGAUACUGAACAUAUUUAUCAAAAAUAACGCUAAAGGUUUCUUCUCGAUCCCACACAACUUGAUGUAGUAGGUACCUUCCAUCAAUAAUGUAAGUAGCGUUUCUACGAUCAACCUCAGUAUUGACUGAUUCAAAGCAAUCAUAAAUUGCUGACUUUGUUGUUUUACGCAUUCCAGCUGCAUCGAAAAGUGAUAAGGGGUAAGGAGCUAAUUCAUACUCAAAAAAUUUUUCAAUCUCAUCCUCAAAAGCUUCAGUGAUACUCAUGCGUUGAAAUAAUAAUACAGGAUCUAUAGCUACUUCUUCUUCGUGAACUUUCAUGGUGCUACUGAGACAUUUUUAAAACUAUAAAAUUGUACAAAUAACGGUAACGGUACUAAAUGGUAGACGCUUGUAAUAAGUACUUAUAUUCACUUUAACUGAACCUUUAGCACUAAAAGAAACAGAUAAUAUUAUGAACCAGACCUACGGACAAUACUGUAACCAUUGCCUAUAAUAGACAAUCUGUUCUUUUUUAAACAAUGGUAUAGCCAAAUGUUUUUCAAGGCCACGUGGAUAGAGGAAAUUAAGUUUGGGACUGAUUACCUUUUGAAGAAAUAUUUUCAGAAUAGUAUAAUAUACUAUAUAAAAGAGACACAAAUAGGCAUUUAUACUUGUCUUAAGGGCCACAUAUGUAUAUACGUGGCUUAUUAUGUGCAUAUAAUGUAUAAAGUAACAUUUAAAAUCGCGAUAUCUCAGGAAUGGUAACUCUUAGGAAAAAAAUUGCAAGGACAAUUUUUGUAGAGAAUGUUAAGAUCUACAACUUUGGUUUGAGGUUUUUUUUUGAUAAAACUUACCGUUUUCGAAAAAAAUCCAAAAAAUCUCAAAUUUUGACCUUUGACCCCGAAUAACUUUUGACGCACACAUGGGAUCGAUGGGGACUUUUUAAACUUUAUUUGUUAUGGUAUACCCUAGCUCUCCACCAAAAUUUGGCUCUCCGGCAAUUUUUGUUAUUUACCAAGCAUUUUGAUGUCUAAGUUGACCGGAUUAAAGGGUAGAAUCACACAUCGACACCACAUUAUAACGUACUUUUUUUGAGUAAUUUCUACUAAUUAAAAAAAAACUUAGAAAAAUCGGAGGUUAUAAGAAAAUUAAGAGGGAAAUGACACAGUAACUGGACUAUUUAUUGUUUGUAUUUUGACAAAUAUUUUACCUUCUGACUUAUACAGUGUUGGUAGGACAGAAAACACUAAAAAUUGUAUAUAAAAACCAAAUUUUAUUACAAAUUUUUAUUUAUAAAUAAUUAACGCUUAUUAUUCUGAAAUUGCUGGUCAAUUUUAUCUUUAUUUAUCUAGUUGUAAAAUAUUGUGAAAUAAGAAAAAUAUAGACAAUUUCUACUUUUAAA